CCCAGGAGUUCACACAGCCCAGAAGACCAGCCAGAGGUGGAGCCAGAAUUGGAGCCCACGUUGGAGAAAGACAGGAGAAACCUACAACAGCCAGGAGGUGAGGACAAGCAGGAGGCUCUGGUGUGCCCUGAGAAGUCUGCCUCCGGUUCUCACUGAGCCACUGUGAGAAUGGAACACUCCACCCGGGAGCUGUGUCUCAACUUCACCAUUGUCCUGAUUACGGUUCUCCUCAUGUGGCUCCUUGUGAGGUCCUAUCAGAGCUGAGACGGCAUGUCACGCUCCUGGGAUUGACUGCAACACUCCAGAGCUGCCUGCUGUAUGCCCUGAGAUCCCACUGCUGUCAUGGGAUGCCUUUCUCGGUACCUCAAGGCACUUCUGACCUGCACUCACAGUAUCUGAGGUGCUUCCAGUGUUAGGAUAAAUUGUAUGUUCUCUAAAGAUGCUGCUCUCAAGGGCUGCCAAGUGUUUGCCAGUGAGUGAUAGAUUUAUUCCCCAACUCUUAACGGCAAAUGUGUUAGACAAGCCACAAGGUCAAAGUGAAACUGGAUGCAUGAUGAUGUAGAGCUAUAACAAGCCCCUGAACCGUCUCACCACACAGCCCUUCAAACCACACUGCAACCAACCUCUAAAUCAUCCUGCCAGAAGAAAGAAAUGUUAGAGGAAGUCUUUGUCAGCCCCUGUAGCUAUCAUGUGAAUAAAGUUAAGUUAACCA